AGGAAGAGGAUGGGGAGACUUGCCUACGGUGCUCCAGUGACUUGAAUGACUGUAGAGGUUGGGUGUGAAGAGGAGCCUUCAUGGGGACCAGAUCUGAACAGAGUAGAACUGCUUUGGCCAGGUGGACCUGUCCUCACACAGAUAGCGAACCUGCAUAUAGUGCCGGCACAGAGUCAACCCGACAUAUCUAAACCAAGGAAUCUUUUAAAGGUUUACAGCAUUGCCUGAAGAAAGGGCAUGGUGUGCUCUUAGCCACUUGUCAAAAUGCCCAGCAAGAAAGACCCCAAGAAGGACGCGAAGAAGGGUGGAAAACCUGUACCAGAGAAAAAGAAAGAGGAGGAAAAGAAAGGGAAAGAUGACAAAAAGGGAGGAAAAGAUGACAAGAAAACCAGUAAGGAUGAUAAGAAAGGUGGAAAGGAUGAUAAGAAAGGGGGGAAGGAUGAUAAGAAAGGUGGAAAAGAUGAUAAGAAAGGGGGGAAGAAGGGAAAAGAGGAGCCCUCUAAGGGUAAAGAUGAUGGAAAGAAAGGAAAAGACAAAGGAAAAGGUAAGAAAGUGGAGGAAGAGGAGGAAGAGGAGGAGCUCCUCAGUGAUGAGGAAGAGGAUGAAGAGUUAAGUGAAGAACUGGAUGAGGAGGAGGAAUACUCAGAAGAUGACAGGAGAGGGAAGGGGCGAGGAGGCAAAGGGGUGAAGGGAAAGAAAGGGGGGAAGUCUAGACGUGGCGAAGAGUCAGAGGAAGAGGAGGAAGAGGAUGAAGAGGAAGAAGAUGAGUAUGACGAGGAUGAGGAGGAUUACGGCAAAUCCAAAAAGAAAUCUAAAGAUGACCGCCACCAUAAAGGAGGGAAAUCGGAUGCUGAUGCAAAGAAAAAGAAAGGCAAAAAGAAAGAGGAAGCUCCACCACCUCCAGUAAGGGAAAUCCCAAGGAAAGGUCUGAAGAACAUGUCCAGGAUGUUCAUGAAGUUUUCUGGUUUCAAACGACGCAGGAACAGCAGGAAGAAGCUGAAAAGUACAUCGCGUUUGUUCCUGAGGUUGGGGAAGAGAAAGAACCGACUUGCUAAGAAGAAACGCCGGAAGUCCAUUCUGAAGAACACCUCUCGAUUCAUGAUGAGGUUCAAGAUCAGCAAAAAGAAGAAAAAGGAGAAAGAGGCCAGAGAGCAAGCGGCAGCAAAUGGUGGUAAGAAGCCAACCUAUAUGCUGCUUCGUCUAGGGGGAGGGAGACAAUCAAUUGAGAAGAAAGGGGGCUUCUUCAAAGGCUUAUUUCGAAAAAAGGAUGGUGACGGGCCCACUGAGGACUUCAAGAACAGAAGUAUGUUGCUGGGUAAGGUUGCAGCGGUAACUAACUGGCUGACCAAACGCUUCCUGACAAGUAAAAUGCGAGGGAAUUCCGGACACCAUGGCUGGGGGGGACGUAGAGCACACAGCCGACAAGCCAGCUCCAGAGGUCACCUCCGUGGUUACCGUAACGAUGGCUAUGAGCAUGGGGAGGAGGCUUAUGGAUUUGACCACCGACAUUCAAUCCGCCAGAAAGGUUAUGGAGAUCAUGAAGAUGGUUAUGGUGGUUACGGAGAUGCAGCAUAUGGAAGCCAGGGUCAGUUUGGUUACUAUGACAAUGGAACAGGGGGAGCAGACUAUCAAGACCUGGGUUACUAUGAGGAAGAAGGACUCUAUGAUCCAAAUGCAGAAUAUUAUGAAGGUGGUCUUUACGAUGAGAGCACGGGGGACUACUAUGACCCGUAUUCCUCUGCCCAAGGCUACUAUAACGACCAGGAAGCUGAUUACUAUGGUUACCAGCAACAACAGGCAGUGGCAAUGUAUGGUGACGAGGGUCUAGACUAUUAUGCACAAAAUGGUGAGGACCAUAUGUAUGAAGGAGCGGUAGAUGGAUUCCUUGACCCUCAGGCUCAGGGUUAUUAUGAUGAAAACGGUCAAGGAGUUUACUACAGUGAUGGACAAGGGGAUUACUAUGACAACGGACAGGGAGGUUAUUAUGAGACCCCUUAUGCAGCAACUAUGGGAAUGCAAGGGGGAUUUCCACCAGACUAUCAACUUAGCUAUAGCGAUGCUGGCAUGCUUUACCAAGACUACAGCUCCCAGCAGGCCAUUGGAUUCCCACCAGGAGGUCAGCAGGUCUUUGGCUUCGGAGGGCAGGGGAUGGAUCAGGUACAGGGCCUGUAUGGGGACCAGUAUGCAGGUCAGUUGGAUCAGUAUGGGGAUGGUACCGGUGGACUUCAGAGAGGGGAGAUGACAUUCAGAGUUCCUAGACCUCAAGUACGCCUAUUUGGGAAAGAGCGUCUGGAUGUCCCCCUGCCCCCUCCGCCUACUUUGCCACCUGAUCCAGAAUUUGAAGACAUGUCAGAAAUCCAGUAUGAAAACCAGAUUCCUCUUGCACCAGGUCAACCUGGUGACAUGAUGUCAUUACAGGCACAAAUGGCAAUGCCACCACAACAACAAAUGAUGUUUUCUCCUCAAGAACAAAUGAUGAUGGCCCCACAGAUGAUGUCACCACAGCAACAGAUGAUGAUGCAACAAGAACAGGGUGUGCCCCCCCAAAUGAUGCCAUCACAGAUGAUGUCAUCACAGCAGCAGAUGAUGUUACAACAAGAACAGGGUAUGCCCCCCCAAAUGAUGCCAUCACAGAUGAUGUCACCACAGCAGCAGAUGAUGUUACCACAGCAACAGAUGAUGUCACAACAAAUGUUGUCACCACAAGAGCAGAUGAUGUCACAGCAAAUGAUGCUACCACAGCAACAAAUGAUGUCCCCACAAAUGAUUUCACCACAGCAGCAGAUGAUGACAGAUCCAAUGAUGAUGUCACAGCAACAGGGUUAUGGCCUGCCGUCAAUCCCUACUCCAACUGCCAUGAUUAUUAAACAAGCAGGUAUGUCCCCGCUUGCUGCACGCCGUCUCCAACCCUCUCCAACUCCAUCCCGCCGCUCUGUCAUGAUGCCCUCCCCACAAAUGCAACAUCAUCGCUCUGCCAUGGCAUCCCCAGUAUCUUCUUCUAUGCUUCCUCAGAGACGAAGCCCCUCCCCACAACCAUCCAUGAGAAAUGGGUUCAUUAGCGCCCAAAGACCCCCCUCUGUUAUGUCGAGACAGAUCUCACCUCCCUCUUCCCCCAUGGCGUCCCCUUUCGCCCAUCGUAGAAUGCAACCUCAGAGAUCACCGUCUCCUCUGGCCCGAGGACCCUCAGCCCCUCCUUCCCCCCGUGCUUCUAUGAUGCGGCGAAGUCCUCCACCCUCACCACGAGCAUCAAUGAGGCAACGUUCUCCACCUUCCUCACCCCGUGCUUCCAUGAGGAGGCGAAGUCCCCCAUCGUCACCAAUUCCUGCUCGCAGCCCGUUUGGAGGGAGACGGAUGCGUGGACCGCCCUCACCUUCCUUCUCCCCCAGUCAUGCAUCUCCCCCUCUGUCUCCACAGCUCAGUAGAAGACCGUCUCCCUCUCCAUCUCAUCGCAGUUCAUCCCCUGCAGGGCCCCGUCCUGCCCCAUCAUCCCCUACCCUCUCUCGUCGCUCUACUCGGCUGCUCAGGGACCCCACGCCCUUGGCCAGGCCCAGGAUGGGGGGAAAUGUUCCUUUAGGUGCUGUCAGACCCUCCCCUAUGGGUCUCAGAGGGCGUCCAGUGCCCCCUCCCACCCAGAAUGUGCGUCCAUUCCGUGCUGCCUCUAUAAGAAGCAAUGCGUCUUCUGUUCUCACAGUGGACUCAUCCCUCCCUUCCCCUUUCCAUUCCCCUCACAUGGUUCACCGUGCUCCCCUGGGGAGGAGAGAAUCUGGCCGAUUUCCUCCUCGCCCCAUCGCUCGAGGACGUCCCCUCAUGGCUCAACAUUCAAUGAGAAGGAUGCCUCCUGCUUCUCCACAACCCUCCCUGAAACACAUGCCAUGUCCUGCAUCCCCGCGCCUCUCUCCUCGACUCUUUCGUCAGUCCUCCCCCCUCCUGCCCCCUCGAGCUACCCGUCCACCCACAUAUGCACCAGAAGCAUAUGUGUCCGGCCCCUAUGCUGAUCCCAAUGCUGAGCAGUUUGUUGUGCCCCCUUCUCCCAUGUUAUCUGGUGCUUUGCAGAACCAGGCUAUUCGUCAGGCCUCUUUCUCUUCACCCCUUGGCCCAGGGGCAGCCCAGGUGGUAGGCAUGAGUGAGAUGGCCACUGAAUAUGUAGAACCAUAUGGUCUUUCUGGCGCAAUGCAAAACCCGGCCAUUCGGGAUGCGUCUUAUGUCCCCCCACUGCAGAGACCAAUGUCUCCCUAUGAGCAGCCUAUGGCCCCUUCAUCUCCCAUGCUGUCUGGGGCUCUGCAGAAUCAAGCUAUACGAGAUGCAUCCUAUGUUUCUCCUUUACAAACACCACUGUCAGCUUAUGAGGAGCCUAUGCCUCCUUCUUCCCCGAUGCUGUCUGGAGCUCUGCAGAAUCAGGCAGUGAGGGAAGCAUCCUAUGUGUCUCCCCUUCAUAGGCCUCAGUCCCCAUAUGCUCCAUCUGUACCUUCUUCCCCAAUGCUCUCUGGAGCCAUGAGACACGGUCAGGCACUAAGAGGUGUGGCUUCUUAUCAGACUCCACAGCUCCGUUCACCAUACGGACCGACUGUUGUUACCCCAUACGAUUAUAUCUCCGAGCCUGGCCCAGCACCACUGCUCCAUGACGCCCUGCAGAACCGAUCUGAUUUGCAAGGUGUUUCAUCUUUAAGAUCACCAAUGAUGCAACGCCGUAACCCUUAUGCACCAGCUGGACCUCAGCUCCACAGUGCAUUACAACAGAACCCAAACCUCCGCCAAGCAUCUUAUCAGACACCUGUGCAACUCAGACGUUCUCCAUACGGCCCCGCACCACCCUCUUCACCAAUGUUAGGACGAGCGCUGCAGAAUCCACAGGUGAUGCAGGCAUCGUACCGGCUGCCAGACGGAACCUUUGUGUCACCAUAUGCAGAUCCACGCUCCUCCCCUUUGCUCGGCCAUGCCUUGCAGAACCAACAAGUUCGUGGAGCAUCAUACACCUUGCCUGAUGGAUCAGUUAUCAGGGACCCUCGAGUCCCCCAGAAGCCCAUGUCUCCUAGCCUUUCUAGAGCUAUUCAGAACCGGGAUCUCAGGACUGCUUCAUAUACUCUCCCUGAUGGCACCAUUAUAGACCCUCGACAGCAACAACAAAUUUCCCCAAGCCUGGCUUCGGCUCUGAACAACCCAGCGCUGCGUGAAGCCUCCUACUCUCUCCCCGAUGGCACGAUUGUGAUUGACCCCAAGAAACAGAAGUCCCCGAACCUGUCAGCAGCACUUCAGAACCCUUACCUGAAGAGUGCUUCGUACACCCUGCCAGAUGGCACUAUCAUCAUUGAUCCACGGAAACCUGUCUCUCCAAACCUGCAGAGCGCCCUUCAAAACUCUUCCCUGCUGAACACCUCCCUCACAUUACCGGAAGGGAUUCAAGAUCCCAAUACACCCAUAUCACCAAACCUGGCUAAGGCUCUCAACAACCCAGCCUUGAAAGGAGCUUCCUACACCCUCCCAGAUGGAACUAUUAUAGUGGACCCGAGGAAACCAAAGAGCCCCAACCUGGCAGUCGCCCUGCAGAACCCCUAUCUAAAGGGUGUGUCGUACACCCUGCCUGAUGGAACAAUCAUCAUCGACCCACGGAAACCGGUUUCCCCUGACCUGUCUACAGCUCUUCUGAAUAAGAACCUUCGUAACGCAUCAUACCAGCUCCCUGAUGGUUCCUUGGUUAUCCCUGGCCAGAAGCCCUCCACUCCCAACCUUACAGCCGCUCUGAGGCAGAACCAGGCGCUUCGUUCUAAAGGUCUCUUUCACCUGUCAGAAAACUCAGUACUGUCAGGGACACCAAAACCCACCGCUCCCAACCUCGCCUCUGUGCUGCAGAAUGAGGAACUCCGUGGUGUCAGUUACAGGUAG